CAUCUGUUGACUCUCUCUCCCUCAUCCUCCUCACUGUUCCUUUGCCUUUUAGCUAUUCCUUUCCAUUUCCUUCUCUUUUCACCUUGAAUUCAUCGAUUCUCCUAGCUAGACCAUCCCAAACAGCUGAUUCUUAUAAUCACCCUAAAUUGUUCCAUUUCUUCCUUGUUUUCCUUUCCUUCCUUGCAUUAAAAACUCUAGAAAAGAAAUGGCAUCCAGCUCAAUGUCCUCCCGCAGCUGGACUGCUGAGCAGAACAAAGCCUUCGAGAAGGCUCUGGCUGUGUAUGACAAGGACACCCCUGACCGUUGGCACAAUGUCGCCAGGGCCGUUGGAGGGAAAACCGCGGAGGAAGUGAAGAAGCAUUAUGAAGUCCUUGUGGAGGACGUCAAGCACACGGACUUGAUUGUCCCCCAUCUCUCUCUAUUUUUUUCUCUCUCUCACACUCACACAUUGGAAUGA